GGAGAGAGAGAGAGCAGUUGGGUUGGUAAGCUUUCCGGAGAAGAAUAAGGAGGGAGCGUGUGGGAGUCCGCAACUCGUCUCUGUAUGAUACAAAUAGAAAGAGAGAAAAGGAAAGAGUAAUGGUGAUGAUGGCGAUUAGCUACUGAGCAAGCAGUCAAAACGUCACCGCCUAAUAAUAAAACCCACAGCACAACGCUCUCAGCUCCUCACUCACUUUAUCAACCAUCUUUAUCUCUCUCUCUCUCUCUCUCUCUCUUUCUCUCUCUCUUGUCAUUUCCUUCAUCCUUUUUAAACACGUAAAAACCCAUAUACGUACGCUUUCAUUUGCAGCUCUUUUUCUCUGCCUCCGCAUUUUUGCAUUGGAAGCCAUUGUUGCAGAGAGAAAGAUAUGGCAGCCGGAGGUGGUGGUGCUGGUGCUGGUGCUGGUGCUGGUGGUGGUGCUGGUGGUGGAGGUGGAGGAGGAGGAGGAGGAGGAGGAGGAGGAGGAGGAGGGCCACCCAAGGUCGAUGAGUUCCAGCCUCAUCCCAUCAAGGUCCAGCUUCUCGGCAUUGAUUACUGCGUCGCAAGUUCUCCUUCUUGGCCUGAGGCCGUACUUCUGGGUUUCCAACACUUCCUAGUAAUGCUCGGGACUACUGUAAUCAUACCCACCAUGCUAGUUCCUUUGAUGGGCGGUGGUAAUGUUGAGAAGGCUGAAGUUAUAGAGACUUUGCUCUUUGUUGCCGGUAUAAACACGCUUUUGCAAACUUUGUUCGGUUCUCGGCUUCCGGUGGUGAUGGGGGGUUCAUAUGCCUUCAUUAUCCCCACUAUCUCCAUCGCUUUGUCUAGACGAUUUAACAUGUACUCAGACCCCCAUCAGAGGUUUAAACAAUCCAUGAGAGCUUUACAAGGAGCACUCAUUGCUGCAUCUUUCUUCCAAAUUAUAAUUGGAUUCUUUGGUUUUGUCAGAAUUUUUACAAGCUUUCUAAGCCCUCUUGGUGCGGUUCCUCUUGUAACACUAACAGGCCUUGGGCUCUUUGCACUUGGUUUCCCUCAACUGGCCAAAUGUGUUGAAGUCGGACUUCCAGCAUUAAUUAUAUUGGUUGUUCUAUCUCAGUAUCUUCCCUACCUGGUGAAAUCGAAAAGAAGCAUAUUUGAUCGAUUUGCACUCCUAUUCUCAGUUGCAAUUGUUUGGGCAUAUGCAGAAAUUUUGACUGUAGCUGGUGCAUAUGAUAACAGAUCUCCCAAAACUCAAAUUAGUUGCCGCACUGAUCGUUCUGGGCUUAUUAGUGCUGCACCUUGGAUAAGGAUUCCAUAUCCAUUUCAAUGGGGGCGUCCUACUUUUAAUGUUGGUGAUGCUGUUGCAGUGAUUUCUGCUUCUUUUGUUGCUGUUAUUGAGUCAAUAGGAACAUUUAUAGCAGCUUCAAGAUAUGGCAGUGCAACUCCUCCACCACCUUCUGUACUUGGCAGAGGUGUUGGCUGGCAGGGAAUAGGCACCUUUCUGGAUGGCAUAUUUGGUACAGGAAAUGGCUCCGCAGCAUCAGUUGAAAAUGCAGGUCUUUUAGGAUUAACACGAGUUGGAAGUAGGAGAGUAAUUCAGAUAUCAGCAGCAUUUAUGCUUUUCUUCUCUGUUUUAGGAAAAUUUGGGGCCGUUCUUGCUUCUAUCCCAUUGCCAAUUGUGGCAGCUCUAUACUGUGUUCUCUUUGCCUAUGUGGCUGCAGCUGGUCUCAACUUCAUCCAGUUCUGCAACCUAAACAGCUACAGGACAAUGUUCAUCAUUGGCUUUUCUCUUUUCCUGGGUCUUUCUGUGCCUCAGUACUUCAAAGACUAUCUUUUAGUUUCCGGUCAUGGCCCAGUUCACACUGGGUUAAUAGCGUUCAACAACGUAGUGCAAGUGAUAUUCUCAUCGCCAGCAACAGUCGCAAUUAUAGUUGCUUUCCUCUUGGACUCUACUCUCGGUCGAGAUCACAGCUCAACUCGUCGAGACAGUGGCAGACACUGGUGGCAAAAGUUCAGAUACUAUAAUUCAGAUACAAGGAGUGAAGAAUUCUACUCAUUACCAUACAACCUUAAUAGAUUUUUCCCAUCAUUCUGACUUUUCAUUCCUUGUUUACCAUCGAAGAGCUCGAAAAAGAGAGGGCAAGAAAAAAGAAGAAACUGAAUGAAUAUAUAUAGCUAUAAAAAAUAAAAAAACCUUGUCCGUAUGCAGUAGUUUGAAGGGAUUUUGUAUUCUGUAAUGCUGAAUUGCAAAGGCAUAAAAAUUAUAUGGUGGGCCAGCAGGAGACCGAGGACCGUAUUUGCAUUUUCUAUAAAAUUGCAAUUAUGUUCUUAGACAUGGAAAUUCUAAUAUUAUGUGACUAAGAUAUCAAUCAUAUAGCAGAGUUACAAGAGUUCGAUUUGCUCUUGAAUAUAA